UGAAGCGAUUUAUUGCGUUCAACAACUAACGAAAAUGGCGUCGUCACUUUUAGGAAAAUCUGGGGACAUUUCGGUUUCAGAUCAAGCGCGUCAUUUGAUUUUUUUGUGAAAAAAAUGUGUAAUUGUAACAACAAGUUAAGUUCAAAUAGUCAAAAAACAAUUUUUCUUUGGGGACUUUUGUUGCACACGUCCGGGCGUUAGUCCAACAGCUGAUUUUUGUCAAUAAUUGAGUCGAGUGAUAUUUACACGCAAAAGUUUGGAAAAUCAGAGAUAAUUAAUCAUGUCAGACUCUGACGAUAACGCAAAUAAUCUGCCCGAUGGCCAAAUGGAGAACGGGCAUAUUUCAGUCGAUUCUCAAUUUAAUUUUUCACGCGAAAGACAGCCUGGGACGAACCAAGCAUCUGAUCAGUUCGAUAUUGAUUUACCGACUUCCCAUCGUUAUUUGGGCAAAUUGGACAAUGUAACAGGAUACACGUUUUAUGACGACGGCGAAAUUGCAACUUUAGCGGCGAUUCAGACAAACACACUUGUUUUCCCCGGUUUCACGUUACCGCUGGUGUUGAAUAACGACUUGGAGAUAAACAUGUUACAAAGACACACUUCAAAGAAAAACGCUUUUGUUUUGCUAACCCCAGACAAAACUUUUAAAGGAUUUUUCACCUACGGGGUCAUAAUGGAAAUAUUUGAGACGCAUUUACGUAACAGCGUGCUUUAUUUGAAAGCUAGGAGUCGGCAGAGAUGCCGACUAGUCCCUGGCAAAGAAAUUAAAACUUUGAUUGGUGAAUUGUAUCAAGUCACUGUUGAAGUCAAGCUGGAACCACCCCCAACUUCGCCCCUUUGUAACACUCAAUUGAACUCACUGAAAAUUCGAAAACUUUUCAACUGUACUGAGUAUAGAGAGUUUUACAAGUAUCGCAAAUUCAGAUUGUUUCAUCUCAGCCAAUUUCCGCUAGCGAGUUGGGUUUAUGACAAACACGAGAUUUGUUUCCUCCAUCACAAGCUUGUAAAUGCUUUAUCAAAUUAUUAUUUAAUCGAAUUUAUACCUGAAGAUCCCGUACAAUUAUCUUAUUGGUUUGUGCAAAACUUCCAAUUGAGGCACGAGGAAAGACUGAGAAUUAUGGUAUUGCGAACGGCCGUUGAGCGAUUAAGACUUGAACUCAAAUAUCUCAACAUGAAAAGACUGAUUUGCUGUGCUAAAUGCGACGCGGAGAUUGCUCAGCACACUAACGUUUUUCCCAUGUCAAAAGACGGAGUCCAGAGUAAUUACUGCAAUCCCGAAGGAUACGUUUUUGAGACAGUUACGGUUUCAAAAGCCACAAAUUUCACACUGUUUGGGUCACCCUCGGCACAGUUUUCGUGGUUUCCCGGAUACUCCUGGACUAUCAUGCAUUGCAAAAUGUGCAGUUCACACCUGGGAUGGAAAUUUUCCUCGGUGAAUCUUAAACCGGCGGUUUUUUACGGCCUCGCGAAAAGCGGUUUUGAUAUUAAAAUCGUUAAAGAGGAACCGGAGCCUUUAUAAUUGAGUAUUUUGAUUAAGUAAGUAGGGGCUGUGAAAUGCUAUUCAGUGUGUAAUAAUCUCACUUAAUUAGGAAUCACGUGUAUUCUAAGUGUAAGGCUGCAAUAAGAAAACAGUAAAGUAUUUCAAGAUUUAUUUUAAAAAAAUAAUAAAGCGCUUAUGUAUAAAUA